AUGCAGAGGCGGUAUAUUGUGAAGAAGCACGAGAACAUCCAUGGAAGCAUCAAUGGACGUGGCAGAAAGACCACGUGGUGGAUUUACCUUAGCUGGAUCUCCAAAAUACAAGUGAAUCAACCCGCAGUUCUGAGGCGUGCAGAACAAAUCCAGGCUCGCAGAACCGUGAAAAAGGAGUGGCAAGCUGCUUGGCUCCUGAAAGCCGUUACCUUUAUAGAUCUUACUGCACUUUCAGGCGAUGACACAUCUUCCAACAUUCAAAGGCUCUGUUAUAAAGCCAAGUAUCCAAUCCGGGAAGAUCUCUUAAAAAGUUUAAAUAUGCAUGAUAAAGGCCUUACGACGGCUGCUGUUUGUGUCUACCCCGCGCGGGUGUGUGAUGCAGUUAAAGCACUGAAGGCCUCGGGCUGUACCAUCCCAGUGGCUUCCGUGGCCACUGGCUUCCCAUCUGGACAGACUCAUUUAAAAACACGAUUGGAAGAGAUCAGAUUGGCUGUGGAAGAUGGAGCUACGGAAAUCGAUGUGGUGAUUAACAGGACCUUGGUGCUGACCGGUCAGUGGGAAGCCCUGUAUGAUGAGAUUCGUCAGUUUCGCAAGGCCUGUGGGGAGGCUCAUCUCAAAACCAUCUUAGCAACAGGAGAACUUGGAUCUCUUACUAAUGUCUAUAAAGCCAGUAUGAUAGCAAUGAUGGCAGGAUCAGAUUUUAUUAAGACCUCUACUGGAAAAGAAACAGUAAAUGCCACUUUCCCGGUAGCUAUAGUAAUGCUACGGGCCAUUAGAGAUUUCUUCUGGAAAACUGGAAACAAGGUAGGCUUUAAACCAGCAGGAGGCAUCCGCAGUGCCAAGGAUUCCCUUGCUUGGCUCUCUCUCGUGAAGGAAGAACUGGGAGAUGAAUGGCUGACGCCAGAACUGUUUCGAAUAGGUGCCAGUACUCUGCUUUCGGACAUCGAGAGGCAGAUUUACCAUCACGUUACCGGAAGAUAUGCAGCCUAUCAUGAUCUUCCGAUGUCUUAAAUCAGCGACCAGUUCCAGAAAAGUGCUUUAUAGCAACAUGUAAAAUGUGUUUUUCUACGUCAUUGCUAAAAUUGUUUAAUUAAAACAUGAGGGAAUGAAUGGAUAACUGACUUUAUUUUUCCCCCUUAAAACUUUCACUGAAUUUAAUUCAAAGAAUAAAAGAAAAAAACAACUAAUCCAUACAUGGUAUUCUUUUCAGGUGCCUCUGAACGGUCCUAAUUACUUGAAGAUCUGUAUUGUUAAUUUUGUGAAGAUUUUCUCUUAAGAAUUCUGAGUAAAAUAUUAAUGAUAGCUUUGACAGCAUUCAAUUCUAAGGGGGAAAAAAACGUUAAACUGCCCAAGAAACGUGCCUUUAGCGAGAGCAAACGUAGCAUCCCUGAGCUGCUGGCCAUACUCUGAUGACUUCAGGAGUCACUGACUUGGCACUAAUUUCCUGCCGUGAAAAUCUGUCUUUAAUUUUUGCAACAGAUAUGCUCUCUUAUUAAUUGUUUUGCUAAUGAAACUCCUGUCACUGUUA